AGUGGCGGUGCCUUACUUGCACCAAUUUGUCCCGUAGCUGGACCAUAGUGACAGGCUUUGCCAUGGAAGGUUUGCAUCGAUUUUGCCGUGUUGCAGCGGGUGGCGCGCACAGUUUGCUGGUCACUGAACGCGCCGAAGUCUUAGCGUGGGGCAGCAACUCACAUGGCCAAGUUGGCAACGACAGUUUGGAGGACAUCCCCUUCCCAGUGACUGUGAUCGAACCUGGGCGCGCUCAAUUCGUGUUCGCCGGGAGAUACUCGUCGAUGAUGAUCGACUUGGAUGGGCAGUUGUGGGCCUGGGGUUCCAAUGAGGAUGGCAUCCUGGGAAUUGGCAGCGGUGUGGCCAAGCAGGUAGUCCCAACCCGGGUGGAGACCGGUGGCAAGGCUAUCAAGCAUGCAGCUGGAGGGUGGAAACAUUUUUUGGCUGUGACUGAAGAUGGUGAGCUCCUCACUUGGGGAAACAAUGACUAUGGUCAACUGGGGGAUGGAACUCAAGAGAAGCGUCGUGCAGCAAUGGUUACACCACUACCCGGAAAUGUUCGGGCGGAAGUGGUCAGUGCUGGAUCCUACCAGUCCCUGGUUCUAACGGAAACUGGCGAAGUCUUGGCAGCUGGCAUGGGCUACACCAAACCCGGUUUGGAAUUCCUCCAGGUCAUCCGCACUGGGGUCACCAUGGUUGUGGCUGGAAUCUCCCACAACCUCGCUCUCACUCGGACUGGUACUGUGUUGGCCUGGGGCGCCAAUGAUCAUGGCCAAAUCGGGAAUGGAAGCUUUGAUUUUCAGCCCACUCCCACUGCCGUGGCGCGGAAACAGCUGAUCAUCGCAGCUGGUGGGAGCCAAAGUUACUGUGCAGAUGAUGUGUAUCAAGUGAAGGCUUGGGGUUAUGGGGUCAUGCCAGCAGAUCCGAUGUCGUUGGAUUGCCCCGACCGAUUCACUGUCACCGAACCCACCGACUUGUUUAUACCUGAUGGUGCAUUUUCCAUCGCGGCAGGUGAUGACCAUGCAGUCAUUGUAGGGCCACUGGGGCAGGUAGGUGCCUAUGGUGCUAACAUGUGUGGGCAAGUUGGGAACAACUCCCUGAUGGAUGUUGGCCGUAUACAUGCCAUCCUCCAGGGUGGAACCGUGGAAAUCCUCAGUCGAGAGGCCCGGCUGGCAGCUGCCAUUAAAGGCCCCGCAGAGGAAUACAUGUUGGAGAGCAAGGCCAGCGCAGAGUCCGAGCCCACCGCCUCAGCGGUGCAACUGGCCCUCGGCCCCCGUGCCGCCGGCGGAGUGACGGGCCCGGUGGGUGAUGGCGCAGGCGUUCCGAUCAUGAUGCGGCAAGCGGCUGGUGUAGCCUUGUCCAAAAAUUUGGUGUCACACGGGCCAAAGACAGCCACGUAGUAUCACGUAGUCAAGUUUUAGGUUUUCAGGUUUCACUCGACUUUGCCAGAGAUGAUGCUUUCAGUGAGUACGGACAAGCCAACGUGACGAA